AAUGGUCUUCCAGUUUGUGUGUUUGGUCUUCCCACUGUACAGGAGACUGCACAUUGUGUUGUGUGUAGUUUUACUCUGUGAUGUUAUUUCUUCAGCGAGCCCUUCUGGUGGAGCCAGGAUAAGUGCUGCAGAGUUGAAGGCCUUGUUUGAAAUGUUUGAUGCUGAUGGUGGCGGUGACAUCAGCACCAAGGAGUUGUUUAAAAUGAUGAAAUUCCUGGGUCAGAAUCCCAUCAGAGAAGAGUUGGACACCAUCAUUGAGGAAGUGGAUAAAGAUGGAAGCGGCACCAUUGACUUUGAAGAGUUCUUGGUCAUGAUGGUGAAGCAGAUGAAAGAGGGGGCGAAAGAAAAGUCUGAAGAAGAGUUGGCAGAAUUAUUUCAUGUACUUG